AUGUCUUCUCUUCUCAAGCUGAGCCUGUUAGCGGCUGUUACCGCCGUGGCAGGUGGUGACGCCGUCCAUGCCAUCAAAGCCCGUUCCAUUGCUCCCGUAUGUCCCAAUCCAGCAUCACUGCUGUCGCUUAGUGACCCGCCUUACUCGAACUACUUCUACUCGGACUGCAAUGUCGCCGCGCAGGCCGUGAUCACCAGUCCACUCCCAGAUAGUGAUCUAUCGAUCAUUGGUCCGAGGCUCAUUGUAGCAUGGCCAGCCGGAAACAGCGGCGUCUGUGCAUUCUUCGAGCCGCAGAACGGCGUCAAUGGCUCGCUCGCUAUCGGGCUGGUCAAUUCCACCGGUGAACAGCUUUUGAACCCCGUCUACGAUGCACCUGCCAAGGGAAACGAGUAUCCCAGUGUCGGUAUCCAAGGCAUCCUUCGCUUUAACUCCUCCGCAACUCUGACAAUUCCGAUCCUGGGGAGUAUCCGCACGAUCCGUGAUUUCACUGAAGGCCCUAGUCUCCUUUAUCCUGAGAUCCAGGAUGCCGUGUCCUUUACCUCGAACAGCGACGGCAGCGCUACGCUCAAUCGGGUGUGGUUGGAUAACGCCACUUCUACAAAGCUUACCUUUGCUCCCAAUGGCACGAACAGCAAAGUUGCUAUCUCCAACAAAACCCUCACCUUUACCCCAGGAGACUACCAAUUCUCCGCUAAGAUGGACUACCCCCAAUUGUCCCAGCUUAAGCCCAGCGCAGUACUAAAUAAUGCUUCAACGGAUCUUACGACCAAAAUGCUUGACCAGACAAGUGCUCUCUCGUUCCUGUCAUAUUCUGAGAAGCUCCUUGCGGGUGCUUGGCGAUUCUUGACGUAUUUCGGCCGGGACUCAAUGAUCUCGGCGCUGCUUUUGGAACCUGUGCUCAGCUAUGGAAAUGGCAGCUCAAUGGAGGCUGUCAUUGGCUCGGUACUUGAGAGAGUGAACCGGACGGACGGAAGUGUCUGCCAUGAGGAAACUAUCGGGGACUACGCGACGUACACGAACUUGCAACAGAAUAUUAGCAGCAGUGCGAUGAUUUGCGAUUAUAAAAUGAUCGACUCGGAUUAUUACCUUCCUAUCUUGAUGGAGCGGUACUUUGUGGAGAACGCAGUUGGGCAAAAUAGAGUGGCUGCUUUUUUCAACCAAUCCUCGGGCAUCAACGAGGUAAAUAGGAACUUGACCUGGGGCCAGCUCGCAGAUAUCAACGCGGAGCGCAUCAUGCGCCUCGCUGCUCCUUUUGCCCGGGACCAGAGGAAAGAGAACCUCAUCCACCUCAAGGAAGGCCAGGUAGUCGGAGAAUGGAGAGACAGUGAAUACGGCAUUGGAGGAGGCCGUAUCCCCUUCGAUGUAAACACAGCCCUCGUCCCUGCAGCUCUACGCUCCAUCGCCACUCUCACCCGCCACGGCAUCUACUAUAAGCGAAAAGAUUGGGCCCGAGUCGCAGACGCCUACGCCCAGAUCUGGGAAGACAAAACACUCUCCUUCUUCGAGAUAAUUGUCCCACAAAAAAAGGCCCAAUCUCUCGUCGAGUCCUACGCCACCAGCUCCUUCGCCGGGCCAAGCCAAUCCAACUCAAUCGAUACAAGCGUCGUCUAUCACGCAGUCGCCCUCGAAGGAAACAACAACCAGACCAAAGUCGAAAUCAUGAACACCGACGACUGUUUCCGCCAUUUCCUCCUCAACACCACAAACGACGCCCAACUCACCUCAUUCCUGAACAACUCCGCUACCAACGUCCGCCGCACCUUCCCCGCAGGCCUAAUGACCUCCGCCGGAAUGGUCGUCGCCAACCCAGCCUUCGGCGAAGACCCCGUCUACGCGCAGAACUUCACAACAGGUGCUUAUCACGGCACUGUCAUCUGGUCCUGGCCUCUGGCUAUGAUGGCAAAAGGGCUAGAGAGACAAUUGGGUCGAUGCGAGGUUACAUCUAACGUACCCAUUUCAUCUCGCUCAAAGCAACGUGUCCCGGCGUUCUGCACGGAUGAUUCAGUGUAUAAAAACGUGAGAACGGCGUAUAAUGUGCUUUGGGAUAAUAUCGAGAAGAACCAGAACCAGCUUUCGCAGGAGGUUUGGUCGUGGGUUUGGAAGGAGAAUGACUUUAAGGUCACGCCCUUGGGUGUUAUUUCCCCGCCUGGCGGUGGUAGCCAGACCGAAUCGGACAUUCGGCAGCUUUGGUCGCUCGCUUUCCUUGCUGUGACUCGGAAUCGCCACUAUCAGUGA